GGAGGGCGGCGCGAACAGCCAGGGGGAGGCGGAUGGCUCUGCGGGGCCCGGCGGCCUUGGAGCCCGGCACCCGCGGGCUGUUGGACGAGACGACGGUGGCUGCGGCCGACGGGCGCGAGGCGUCGGCCCCGGUGGCGGCGGGAGCCGCAGUGGAGGACGAUGAAGAGGACGAUGGCCGCGGUCGAGGCCUGCUGCGCUGGGACGGUUUCUCAGCUUGGCUGCACUGCGUGUGUGUGGUGGGCUUCGACCUGGAGCUGGGCCAGGCGGUGGAGGUAAUUUAUCCUCAACAUUCCAAACUUACUGAUAAAGAAAAAACCAAUAUUUGCUAUUUGUCUUUUCCAGAUUCAAAUUCAGGUUGUCUUGGAGAUACCCAGUUUUGUUUCAGAUUUCGGCAGUCUUCUGGGCGGAGGGUGUCCCUGCAUUGUCUCCUGGAUCAGUUUGACAAAGAUUUGCCAGUUUACUUAAAGAAAGAUCCUGCUUAUUUUUAUGGAUAUGUCUAUUUCCGACAAGUUCGAGAUAAAACUCUAAAAAGAGGCUACUUUCAGAAGUCCUUGGUUUUGAUCAGCAAACUACCUUAUAUUCAUUUUUUCCACACCGUGCUGAAACAGAUAGCACCAGAGUACUUUGAAAAGAGUGAACCUUAUUUGGAAGCAGCUUGUAAUGAUGUUGAUCGAUGGCCUGCUCCAGUGCCAGGGAAAACAUUACACUUGCCCAUCAUGGGGGUGGUAAUGAAGGUACGAAUUCCCACGUGUCAUGACAAGCCUGGGACAACUCAGAUAGUGCAGCAGGCAGACACACACAUAUCUGUUAUUUUACCAACAGUUCAUGAGGUGGAUCUUUUCAGAUGUUUCUGCCCAGUUUUCCUGCAUAGUCAAAUGCUUUGGGAGCUGGUGCUGUUGGGGGAACCCCUUGUGGUCAUGGCACCAUCACCAUCAGAGUCAUCGGAGACUGUAUUGGCCCUUGUCAACUCUAUUUCUCCGUUGAAGUACUGCAGUGAUUUCCGGCCUUACUUCACUAUUCAUGAUAGUGAAUUCAAGGAAUAUACUACCCGAACUCAAGCUCCGCCUUCAGUCAUAUUAGGAGUAACCAAUCCUUUUUUUGCUAAAACUCUCCAGCACUGGCCACACAUUAUUCGGAUAGGAGACCUUAAGCCUGCAGGUGAAAUUCCUAAGCAGGUUAAGGUGAAAAAACUGAAGAACCUGAAGACUCUGGAUUCGAAGCCUGGAGUUUAUACUUCUUAUAAGCCAUAUCUAAACAGAGAUGAAGAGAUCAUAAAGCAACUGCAGAAGGGUGUACAGCAGAAACGUCCUUCGGAGGCUCAGAGUGUUAUUCUCCGACGCUAUUUUUUGGAACUGACACAAAGCUUCAUCAUUCCAUUAGAACGAUAUGUGGCAAGUUUGAUGCCUUUGCAGAAAAGUAUUUCUCCAUGGAAGAGUCCACCCCAAUUAAGACAGUUUCUUCCAGAGGAAUUCAUGAAAACACUUGAGAAAACUGGACCUCAGCUAACAUCUAGAAUAAAAGGAGAUUGGAUUGGACUUUAUCGGCAUUUUCUAAAGUCUCCAAAUUUCGAUGGCUGGUUCAAGACCCGGCGGAAGGAAAUGACCCAAAAAUUAGAGGCACUUCAUCUGGAAGCCCUUUGUGAAGAGGAUUUACUUCUUUGGAUCCAGAAACACACAGAAGUAGAAAUAGUAGACCUUGUUUUGAAGCUGAAAAAUAAGCUGUUGCAGGCUGAUCGGGAGCAUUUACCUGUGAAACCCGACACCAUGGAAAAGUUACGGACACACAUAGAUGCAAUUAUCUUAGCAUUACCAGAGGACCUGCAAAGCAUAUUGCUCAAAACAGGCAUGACAUGACACCAGAAUUUUCCAGCCAAAAAGGAUUGUGUACCGUGAAGCAUACUGACAUUUCAACAGAUGCACAAAGGAACUCGCUCGCUCGGCAGCAGUGGAGUGCAAAGUGGCUGUGAAUGCUAGCUACAGGGUGGAAAGACUGUAUUGUAUAAACAGACCUUUUUAAUGCAUUAUUUUUAAAAAUGGAUGACUGUGGGGGUUCCACUUUAAUACUGAAACACCAAAAGGCAUUUCUAUAUUUUUAAUCAUGUUAUAAAGUGCUCUUAGGAGAGACCUGUGGGGCCAUUAGUAUAAGUGAUUCCAAACUGCAGUGCUGGCAUUGCAGGUAUUUUUUUAAAAAUUGGUGCUGUUUUGCCCAAUCAUGUUAAAACUCAGGGGGAUAUAAAAAUAACACUCACACUGGCUAUCUUCUUAACAGGAAAACCAUCUGAACUGUCCAACUCUAGUUAGGAGUAAUUGAUGCUUGUGUAGUGCCUUCUGUUGUCCUAUGUGUUUAACGGAGCCCAGCUGCUAGUCUCGAAGCUUUUUCUUAGCUUGAUUAUGAUAUAUUAUUUUAUAAGACAUUCUACUGAGUAAUCAUUGCUUAUAAAUGUUUCUUGCUGCUCAUCGUGUUUGUUCAUAGCCAUGGUAGGGUUCUUUGUUUAUUUUUAUUUUUUUGUUUUUUCACCAGUUGUCAUACAGGUUUUCAUUUCACUGUUGUCUUUGAUGUUUUUAAAAUCCCAUCUUACCAGUUUCUCCAAAGGCAAGAAGUUGUCCAAUAUUAAUUAUGGAAGAGUGUAUUUUCUCUUAUCAUUGUCAGUCUAACCUGUUUAAUUGAAAACCAUUCUAAUUUUAACCUUAUAAUCAGCUGUUUUUUUUUUAAAACUGAAUGCUCCUGAAUUCAAGAACAUUUGUAAGCCUUUUAUGUAAUAGUUGAGUGACUGUAUGAUUGAUUUCCAGCAUUAUUCGUUUGGUAAUUUUUUUUUUCCCUUCCUGUUUCUCAGAACAUGUUUCCUACUGUUGUUUCACAUGAAAACUUUUCCCUGAAUCAUUGUUAUAGGUAGUUUUGUUGUUACUGUUGCUGUUGUUGUUUAUUUUAUUUCUUCUGUUUUGUUUGUACUGCCUUGCCAAAAAUAGAAGAAUGUGACUUGGAAGGGUAAGGUUGCCUGGUUUGUGUUUGGACACAGUAUCCCACAGAAGCCACUAUUUGAAAUAGGCACACAUAACACAAAUGUAAAUAGCUGUAUCUUGGGUUAUUCUCCAAAUUCAGUUGUAUGUAUUUAUAUUUGAAAAAUGGCUCCUGGAGCUAUCUCUUGUUUUCUGUCAGUAUAACCCUCAAGGGCAUUCCUGACUCAAGAAAGGCUCCUCCUGUUGCUAACUGUGGUCUGAUACCUAAAUGUGCCCUUUCCCGCAUGGAUACAGCUCUUGAAGCAUACCUCAAAGAGAGAAUAUGGCGUUUGAAGGAAGUCAUUUGCCUUGGAUCAUAUGAACAGUAGACCUUUCAGAAAAGGGUCAACUGCUUUUAUAUGCUAACGUAUUUCAUAACUUUCUGGGAAACUUUAUUUAGGUAUAAAUGGUCAUCUUAUUAUUUUUCAAGAAUGUGUAUUUUAAUAAUCUUACAUUUUAUAUACACUGUUUGUGACCAGAAUUUAAAGGUUAUUAGUGUCAUAUCAAGGAUCUUUUUAAUUAUGCCACUACAGGCUGUAUCAUUUCCAGUUUAUUUUGCACAUCUAUACUGUAACGAAAGAUGCCAGUUAGCAUUACAGUGGUAUCUUCACGUUUACUUGUGUUUAAUUGAAACCUAACAUGUGUUGACAACCGUAUCAUACUUUGCCAGUUUCUCUCUUCAUUUCAAAUUAUGUACCUGUAAGAGUAACUUCAAGUUGCAUUGGAAACCUGAGAAGACUGCCUGGCAACUUAAUUUUUUUUUAUAUGAUUUUCAUAGUUGUAUUUUUUUUUUCAGAAGACUUUGUUAAUAUCUGAAACCUGCCAUGUAAUGUUUUCUCUCCACCAGCAUCAGAAGGAAUCACUGCUGUAAGGGUGUUUUGUAAUGCCUAGUGCCUUCUCUUUAUGCUAAAGAAGAGGAGUUGUGGAGGCAUAGGUGGUCAUUGCUGAAAACUGAAUUAAAGGCCUUGGAUUUUAAAGCA